UUUGUGAUUGUAUAAUUAUAUUUGUGUCAACUUUUGUAUAGUUCCUGGUUUUCCUGUGUUUAGAGUUUAAAAUGUCCCACCAAACUGGAAUUCAAGCAAAUGAUGAGUUACUUAAUGCUUUUGCUUCAUCAAAAGAUGGCUCUAUUCGAGUUAUUAAAAUAUCUAUUGAAAAUGAACAACUAGUCUUUGCUGAGAGUGCCUCUCCAAUGGACAACUGGGUUGAUGACUAUGAUUCCAGUGUUCUUUCAAGGCUUGAAGAAAAGCAACCAUGUUAUAUCCUGUAUCGACUUGACUCAGAAAAUAACCAAGGCUAUGAAUGGUUGUUUAUUACAUAUUCACCUGACAAUGCACCUGUUCGAGAGAAGAUGUUGUUUGCUGCCACAAGAGCAACUCUGAAGAGUACAUUUGGUGGUGGUCACAUUAAAGAUGAAUUGUUUGCCACACAUAAGAGGGAUGCAAGCUAUGAAGGUUACAUGAAACAUCUUGAACAUCUAGCAGCACCACCACCUUUAACUGAUGCUGAAGUAGAACUAAAGAUUGUUAAAGAAUCAGAGAGCCGUAGCAACAUUGGUAUUCACACAAGGCACAGCAACCUGCCUGGUGUCAACUUCCCAAUAUCCGAAGAAGCCUUGCAAAAACUAGGUGCACUUCGUGACAAGCAAAUUACCUUGGUUCAACUGAGUGUUGAUACAGAAGCCGAGCAAAUUGAGUUACGUUUCGCUGGAGACUGUUCUGUGGAGGAAAUUGCUAGCAAGACACCUGAAGAAAAUCCCUGUUAUAGCUUUUUCUUGUUUAAGCAUACGCAUGAAGGAGAUUAUUUAGAAUCUAUUGUAUUCAUUUACAGUAUGCCUGGAUAUAAGUGCUCUGUAAAAGAACGUAUGUUAUACUCAACAUGUAAGGCGCCGUUAUUGGCUGGAUUGGAAGAAGAAUUGAAGUUAGAAAUCCCUAAAAAGAUCGAAAUAGAAAACACCGAAGAAAUUACGGAAGAAUUUUUGCUUGAUCAGUUGCAUCCCAAGAAAAUCCUGCAUCAGCCAAAAUUUGCAAAGCCUAAGAGACCGCAAGCGAGAGGUGCACGGAGAAUGAUUCAGAAAGGCGAAAACAACGAAAACUAAAAGCAACUGUUUAUAAUUAAACAUUUUAAUAAAUGAUUAUAUUUAGUGAAUGAAGAAAGGAGUUGUGAAAUAUUGAUUCUAAUAUAGACAACGAUUGCAUGCAGUUUAUUUCAUGAACCAACAGUUAAUGUGUAAGUGAAAAAUGUUCAUUGGUUUGGUAAAAUGCAGUAACCAGCCACUUGAACUUCUUUUGACUGAAGCUUGCAAGAUGAUUCUACUAUCAUAAUUAUCAAUGAGGGUUGUCCGGCCUAGCUCGGUGAAGCAUAUUCAUUUAUGAUUAUAAUCAUUUAUUAAAAUAAUUUUUCGUUAUGUAAUUUUAUACCCAUACUGUAAAGCAAAAUUUGUAUUAAUUAAGGAUACGUAUAUCAAUCCACAAACUUAAUUUUUUAUUAUUGUUAUCCAUCGAAAUCAUUUUCAAAAGAAUAUUGAUGAUCAUUUUAUAAGUAUUAAAGUACUUCACAGUA